AUGACUGAACAUCAUAAAAAGCGCAAAGCUACUUCUGAAUUCAAUAAAACAUCCGUUAAAGAUAAAUCGCCUAAUAUUGAGCGUUCUCAGCAAGUCUGCUCAGAUAAAAAAAAACUCUACACUGUUAGUGUAGCACUUCCAGGUUCCAUAAUAGAUAAUGCUCAAUCAAUUGAAUUAAAAACAUAUUUGGCGGGACAGUUGGCACGAUCAUUUGCCGUCUUCAAUGUAGAUGAAAUCAUAAUAUUUAAUGAAUUAGGAAUUCGUAAAAGUUCUGAAUCUUCUACUACAAAAAUUGAAUCACAUAUAAAAAAUAAACGGGGAGAAGGAAUAUCUUUGGAUCCAAAUAUAUUUUUAGCUAGAAUAUUACAAUAUUUAGAAACACCUCAAUACCUACGCAAGGAACUUUUCCCUGUACAUCAAGAUCUCACAUAUGCGGGGUUAUUGAAUCCAUUAGAUUGUCCUCAUCAUGUUCGUAAAGAAGAAAAAAGCCCAUUUAGAGAAGGGGUUAUAAUUGAUAAGAAACCAAGAAAUGGGAAAGGAUCUUUAGUGAAUGCUGGACUCUCCAAGUAUGUGAUAAUUGAUAAAUCAAUUAAAACAGGUAUACGUGUAACUUUAGAUAUGGGAAAUUAUGAGGUAUCAAAGAAAGACCAUCAAUAUAUUGAAGCUAAAGUUGUAUCACCAAAAUUGCCAAAACAACAUGGAUUGUAUUGGGGUUAUCACAUUAGAAUAGCCGAUUCCAUAUCAAAAGUGUUUACUGAAUGUUCAUUUCCUGGUGGUUACGAUAUAACUAUAGGAACAUCUGAACGUGGUAAAGCCGUUGAUGAUGUGAUAGACGAAUUGCCAGAAUUCAGUCAUUUGCUGGUUGUCUUUGGUGGAUUAACAGGAAGUAGAACCAUUAGGACAGAGGAAGCUGUGUUAAUCACAAUGUCAUCUUUAAGAGCUGCCAUUAAUAAGAAAGGACGAAAGGAAAAUUAA